GUUAUCUGUACCACACUUACUGUCAUUGUCUGAUUGAAGUCAUGGAGGAUGAUGAAAAACAAUCCAAACGUCUACUCUCCAGUGAGGACUCUGAGAACAUACCUGCAGUCAAACAUAGGCAUUUGAAAUCCCGAGUCAAAACACCUCAGUUUAUUCUUCUUUGCGUGGUGUUUGAGAUUGCACAUUUUCUCCUUGUGUGGAGCGUAUAUGAUGGAGUUCAGAGAGUGAGGAGUUCCAAGCUUCCUGACUUAGACGGCCUUCAAAAACUCAAGGAACAAAAUGUGCUGAAGGUUUUCAACAAUGACAAUAAAUGGACAGAGGAUACCGAGUUCGCAAACAAUUUUUGGAUGCACGAAUUGAUGCCGAAAUCCGCUAUUCUUUCCUUGGAUGCUAAAUGGACUGCUUCUCAAGGAAUACCACCUUCGGCUCCAACACCAGGCAAGCCAAAUGAGAUGGUCUACCAGACCGACGUCUUCCACAACCUUCAUUGCCUCUAUCGAAUGCGAAAACAACUUCUUUCAAACGAAUCGCAUCCCCACGAUGGCCACAUGCUUCAUUGCUUGAACUACCUCCGACAAUCAUUCCAGUGUAAUCCAGAUCUGAUGUUCGGAACAACUACGACUUAUGAGGACUACGGACUACAUGAUGUACAUGUGUGUCGAGACUACGAUGCCAUUUUGAAAUGGGUGGACGGUCACAAGUGCGAAGGGUUCUGGGAAUGGAUGCGUGAUGGAUCGAAGGGGAUAAAGGCAGACCCAACUUUGGCUGAUCCAGAUAGUAAGAAAGUUCAAUGAAGGGGAAGUAGAAGUCCUGAUGUAGUUCCAUUUGUCGUGCUGCGAUCGUUGCUCGGGAUGUAGAGAUAGGUUCAUUUCAGAAGAAAUCUUUACUAUUGGAACCAUACUUUAUAGCAUCUGAAAGUCU